CGCCAUAUCCGAAUGCGCUUUAAACACACAGACAUGUUUAUCUUCAGACAGUUCAGAAAUACAGAAGAGAUAACUAUAUAGAGAUUUAACAACACCCAAUAGACGUCUACAAACGGCUUUAAAGAUGUCUUUGGUGGAUCUGGGAAAGCGUCUGUUAGAAGCGGCUCGUAAUGGUCACGAUGAUGAGGUCCGAACGCUAAUGGCCAAUGGAGCUCCGUUCACUACCGACUGGCUUGGUACAUCUCCAUUACAUUUAGCAGCUCAGCAUGGUCAUUACUCCACCGCUGAGGUCCUGCUGAGGGCGGGUGUCAGCAGAGAUGCACGAACAAAAGUGGACAGGACCCCGCUGCACAUGGCGGCCACAGAAGGCCACGAGGUCAUCGUGGAUUUAUUAAUCAGGAGUGGAGCCGACAUCAACGCCAAAGACAUGCUGAAGAUGACGGCUCUUCACUGGGCAGCUCAACACGGCCAUCAUAGCGUCGCAGAGCUGCUGGUUAAACACGGCGCUGAUGUUCAUGCCCUCAGCAAGUUCUGCAAGACCGCUUUUGAUAUCGCCGUCGACAUCCAACACCCUGAUCUCAUGCAUCUAUUACAGGAGGGAAUGGAGAAUCAGGUGAACAGAAACGCAGAAGCAUCAAUCAUAAACGGCUCCUCAACACCACAGUUCAUCAUUCAGGGUGUCCCGAACAUCCAAGGGGGAGUCGUAAGUCUCACAGACUUGAUCAAAACCAACUCGGGUGACACAGAGGAGGCAAUUGCUGUCAGCGCUUUGGACUCUAGUAUCCAGCAGGUGGUGAAUGAAUCGGGUCAGAGGGUCAUAACCAUAUUAACAGAUCAACAUGGGAACCUGCAGACUAAUGGACUUGGUCAGCCGUUUUUUGUCACGAUGCAGGAUGGACGACAAGUAUUGGCAGUUCCAGCCAAUCAGAUCACAGAGGAAGUGGUGGAGGAGUCUGAACCUCCUGCCCGUAAAAGGAAGAUCGAAGUCGCAUCCAGUAAUGCAGAGACUGGUGAAACGGAGCAUCUCCAGUGGCAGCUGCAGGAAGCCAACAGAAAAGCUCAAGCGUAUCGGCAGCAGCUGCUCCGCAAAGAGCAGGAGGCCGAGGAGUACCGCAUGAAGCUGGAGGCCAUGGCCAACGGACAGAGCAACGGCACAGCGGCUCUCCAGCAGGAGCACGUCGUGUUCGUACAGGAGGAGCUCGCUGUUGAAGAAACGGCAGAGGGGGAAGAGGAAGUCGUGGUGUUUUCAGAAGGCGAUGUCAUCAUCAAAACUGAAGAAAUCGAAUCUGCCGAUGAGCAGAUCACUUUGGUGGAAGCAACAGCAGGUCACACUGAAGUCGUUUCAUAAGAGACCACCCCAGAACGCGGACUGAAUAUACAAGAAACCAAAGAGUGCAUCAGCACAGUUUGGUUCGUUUUGAUUUUUCAGGCAAUUAAGGGGAUAGUUCACGCAAAAAUGAAAGUUGUCAUCAUUUACUACACUUUUUCCAAACCGGUUUGACUUUUCUUGUGUUGAACACACACAAAAGAAGAUGUUUUGAAGAAUGUUGAAACCAUGUAACCAUUGGCUUCUGUAGUGUUUGUUUUUUCUACUUUGAAUGCCAGUGGCUACCUCUCAUGGAAAAAUUCUAAUUGUCAUUAUUUACUCCACUUUUUCCAAACCUGUUUGACUUUCUAGUAUUGAACACACACAAAAGAAGAUAUUUUAAAGAAUGUUGAAAACGUCUAACCAUUGGCUUCCGUAAUAUGUUUUUUUCCUACAUUGAAUGCCAAUGGCUACCAGUUUUCACAUUCUUUUGUGUUCAACAGAAAAAAAAACCUCUUUGAAACCACAAGAGUGUAGUAAAUGGUGUGUAAAUUAAAAAUUUUGGGUCUACUAUCUCUUUAAAGGAACACUCCGCUGCUUUUUUGGGAAAUAUUCUCAAUUUACAACCCUACCUAGAGUUAAACAGUUCAGUUUUACCAUUUUUAAAUCCAUUCAGUCGAUCUCCGGGUGUGACAGGAAUACAUUUAGCUUAGCUUAGCAUAGAUCAUUGAAUCAGAUUAGACCAUUAGCAUUUAGUUCAAAAUUAAAGGUUUUAGAUUUUUUUUUCUAUAUAAACUUUGACUCCUCUGUAGUUACAUUGUGCACUUAGACCAACAGAAAGUAAAAAGGUGUUAUUUUCUAGGCUGAUAUGUCUAGGAACUAUACAUGUAUCUGGAACUAUAUAUCUAUCUGUCUCAUUCUGGCCUAAUAAAAACAGAACUUUGCUCCCGUACCAUGGCUUCAGCAAGUGCAAUGAUAUCCAUGCAGUGCCUAAAAAUAGUUCCCAGCUACAUAACAGACCUAUGUAAUAUCAUUGUGCCUGUUCCAGCCAUGGUACGACAGCAAACAUCCGUGAUUAUUACCAUGCGAUAAUAUAGUUCCUAGACAUAUGGGCCUACAAAAUUCCAACUUUUCAUUUUCUGUCGUUCUUAGUACACGAUGUAAAUACAGAAGAGUCGAGCUUUAAACAGGAAAAUUAUCAAUCUUUUUUUUUUUUUCCCAAUUUUGAGCAAAAUGCUAAUGGUCUAAUCUGAUUCAAUGACUUAUGCUAAGCUAAGCUAAAACUGCUUCCCCCAAAGAUCGCCAGAAAGGAUUCAAAAAUGGCAAAAGUGAACUGUUUACCUCGACGGGUGUUGUAAAAUCAACCUUUUUUAAGAGUGGAGUGUUCCUCCAAAGUCCUUUUUGUAAUUUAUUUCCUUUUUCUGUUUCGGUUAACGUUUCUUGCUUCGAUUUGAAAGUUCAUAAAGAAACAACCACAAUGUGCAUCAUAUGCACACUCACAAACACACACAAGACCUGGGAAGAGAAUGUUUUUCUGGAAGUCUGUAUCAGUAGCGUCCUUAAAAGCGAACACCUGUGAAUCACCCUAGAUGUGGUUGUUCCAAACAGCUGGAAAAAAAGAGUCACUCAGGAUGGAACUCUUCGCAAAUCUUACGUCUUUUUGAGCUCCUGUAGAAAUGUAGCUGCCUUAUUCAGUUUCGUCGCUUUCGAAAGCAAACAUUGACGCUUCAUCUCAGAAUGCAGCGGUGUUAUGUGUUCUAUGCAUUGAAAUAAAAUAAUGCACACGUUUUCAGAGAUUUCCUUUGUCCUGUUGAACAACUUAAAAUAAUCUGUAGGUCAAUUAAAAGUGCCUUCGCAUGUUUUUAGUUCUCAUUCAUAAACACGAAUUAUUGCAUAAAUAGUAUUUGUUUUAAUGGCUAUAAGAUAUAAUUCCCAUUUAUAGUACGUUUAUCUCGCAUUCCUUGUGUAAUGUAUUUCUCGUCUCUGUGUAUAAUGUUUUCUUUUUUGUUUAAAUGAACAAUGACUGCUUUCACAAAUGUAAAAAGUCUACUUUCAGCAUCAAGGUUUAGCUUUUAUAGUACAUAAUGUGAACUCCCUGGGAUUUAAACUAAUCAGUAGUUGGGUUUUGAGGUGGAUAAUGAAAUAUGCAUUAUGCAAAUUCCACUGAAUAACAAAAUAAAUGACCUAAAUAAGCAGUUAAUGGUUCAUUCAAUCUAGUUCAGAUAAAGUUUAGUUUCUCACAUAGAAAGUAUGUGAUUAUUUCCCUUUUUAAGUAAAGGCAAGACCGUUCCCUCAUUGUAUAAACCACAAUAACAAACCGGCACUACAAUUUACAGAACUACACCGAUGUUAAUGCUAAAUCUUGAGCGCUGUGCUUAAAUGAUGUAUAAAUCCUGACUUAUUUUUGAUUAAAAAUGUUCCAAUUACCAAA